GCCCUUGAGCCCCCGCACUUUAUGCGGGACGACCGGCUCUCGUGGGGUGCACGGUGCGACCGGUGCGACCGUGGCUACCGGCGGUACCAGCACCUUGGGCGGCACGGAAGAGGCUGGUAUCGGGCUGGUGUCGGACGAGCCGAUGGUGCAUGUGGAGAGAUCGGCGGCGCACCCGAGUACAUGGAUAUGCUGUAUGCCCUGCCACUGGCUGAGACGCAGCAAAGCCGUGCACAAGGCGCUGCUCACCUUCGCCAUGCUGCUAGUCACCAGUUUAUUAGUCACCAGUCCGGUGCUCUUCCUCAUCACAACCCUACCGGAAGGCGAACAGCCGCGGAACUGCGCGCCGUUGGAUGAGGCCUGUAUUAGAGAGCGAGAUGGACCCGAAGGUAUCUGCGACUCGGAAGUUUGCGUGGAAGCGUCGAAAAGGAUCCUAGCGUCCAUGAAACGGGGCGUUGAUCCUUGCAAGGAUUUUUAUAAAUUCGCUUGCGGUGGCUUUCGCGAUCAACAACCCUAUCAGCCAAGCGCGAGUUUCAAUAUACUCCAGGUGCAAAUUGACGAACGCAUACACAAAACGCUGGCGAACGAGACGGGCCAGAUGAACGGUAUCUUUGAGAAGCUCGGACAAUUUUACAACGUUUGCCGAGGCUUCAAGAAGAAACCCACAAACUUUACACCCGUUUACGAGCUCUUGGAAGAACUCGGUGGCUAUCUAUCGCCUAACAGCGCUGCACCAAACGACAUCACCCCUCUGAUCUCGACGCUGCUGAAGGUGAACGGCGCUCCCCUUUUCGAUUUAUAUGUCGAUGUAGAUCUUUACGACCGCACAAAGUCAUCCGUAUACCUUGAUUUCCCUAUCAAGCAUCAAACUAACGAAUUUCUUACGGAAAGUCAGAAAAACCGAGACGUAGAAAGAUUGCGUAAAAUACGGGAGAUUGUUCAAGGAUUCCUGCCAAAAAAUAUGAGUCCCAAGGAACAGUCGUCGGAGACCGAUUUGCUUCUGCAGUUUUGCUCAUCGCUCGAAAAGAUUUAUCCGAAGCACAAAGACUUAUACAAUUGGGUGGACGUUGAUCAGAGAGUGUACGUUGCUUACAAUGUGACGUACCUUCAAGAGAGCUUUGGUUACAUAAGAUGGAGGUCGUUGCUGAAUACAACGUUACACUACCGUUCGAACGGUAUCGAUCUGCACGGCGAUAGUAACGACACGAAUCGCGUACACCGACCGCCGUCAUAUACCGCGUCUGAGGAUCAGCAGAUUUACGUUUACGUCACCGCUCCACGUUACUUCCGUAGCCUUGGCAAGUUAUUGAACCGCUCGUCCAGACGGAUUAUUCAUAAUGGAUUGCUGUUACUCUACGCCACGGAUACCCUGCACGACAUCGUAAAUGUUACCGCUGCCAAGGACUGGGAAGCUUCCUGUUACAGUUUGACCAGGAACUCCUUCAGCGAGGCGGUCAGCGCGCUCUACGUACGGCAGUACACCCCGAAAUAUUUGGAAACUCUAGCUAAAAGGGUAACAGUAUUGUUCGAGCGUAUGAAGGAGACCAUAGCCGAACGUAUAUUAGUAAAAUCAUGGCUUGACGAUGAAACAAGGACACAGGCUUUGUUGAAACUUAAUUCCCUACGGGGCCGAUUUCAUGUGUCGCCUGUUUUUCAUGACGACACUCUGCUCGCAAGCGAAAUGGCCGAGGUCGUAAUCGAUGAUGAUGAUUUCUUCGCUACCGUCCUGAGGAGAUUUCGUCAGAUUCGGAUAUUGCAAAAUCAAAGUCCGUUACGAAGAAACGCAACGGAAAAGCGUCAUUAUCCUUAUUCCGUACGCGCCUAUUACGAAUCCUCUACAAAUACGAUCGGGAUUCCCUUGGCCAUAAUGACGUCUUGGGCAUGGUCGUGGGACGGUGGGCCUGCUUACGCGGUUCACGCCACCCUAGGAUCGGUCGUCGCUCAUGAGAUUCUGCAUGCCUUUGAUUUCCAUCGUCGCAGAUUGCCGAUAGAUCCAGAUCUAAACAUCGACGAGUGGCUCUGGAUCACGCCGAAUUCUUGGAAGCGGUUAGAGACCAGAAUAGAAUGCGUCGCAAGACUCUACGCCAAGAGUUUUUGGCGAAAAGUUCAGUUCUAUGGAAACGAUGUCACCGUACAGUUCGAUUGGAAUAUGACAAGGAACGAGAACGUCGCUGACAUCGGAGCUCUACAAAUCUCUCACAAGACUUGGCACACCUUGACGAACGGGAAGGACCGAAGCCUCCCUGGCUUGGAAGGCCUCCGACCAAGCCAACUUUUCUUUAUAAGUGCCGCUCAGGUAUACUGUAUUAACAUGACUGCCGAGGCUUACGUUCUCUCCGUUGAGUUUGACUUUCAUACUCCUCAUCCCGAAAGGGUAAACGGUAUAAUGAUGAAUUCACAAGCGUUCGCGGAAGCGUUUCGCUGUCCACUUGGAGCUAAGAUGAAUCCUCCGAAUAAAUGCACCGUCUGGUAAUUGAUUAUUGACGCAUUCGUUGGUACAAUGAGUAUGCAUAUAUCAUCGAUACCAUUUCGAUGGACCGACGCUAACCAGCUUUAUUUUAUCUCGCAACUGUUACAAGUCGUGCUAACAUUUCGUUUCGCAAUUAUCGCGACAAAGAAUUGCAUAUAACAAUCCAUAGAAUCUGCGAGUGUAUUCUCGCGAUUUCCGUCUGUUACGAGACCCAUCGAAAGCAAAGUGUCGUUACCGUGUUUACCUGCUACCUAUGAAAGUGAAAUACCGUUAAGUACAAAUAAUCUUAUUACGUUUUGCUAAUUAAACUUACGCUAAUUACGGAUUGAAGUCCGUCCCGUCUGAAACGCUUUAAACGGUUUCUGUGAAGAUACAAUUCAGAAGAAAUUCAGAUGAUCAAAACAAAUGUGAAAAAAUGCCUUAAAAAUAUUACGCGAUAUACGUUAUUGCGGAUUACAGUGUCCUAGAAAGCUAUUUUUGCCCGAUCGACAUGUGAUCGAUAUAGCUUGACGCGAAUUAUACGACUCUAAUGUAUAUACAUUUUGUAUAAGGCUUUCGAUUCGAAGCGAAGAGACCGCGUGUUCUUAAGAUGUAUAUUUGCGAAUAUAACGAUAUAAUAUAUAUAACGAUAGUAUAUAUUUUCUCGUAUAGAAGUUAAAAUAAUAAAAAAAUCUAUAUAUAUUUACGUAAUCUACGUUUAUGUUAUACUUGUUGAUAAUUUUAACGAACGGGCGAACGUCAUCUUUUGGUAUUUUAAUAGCAAUAUAAUGUUGCAGAAGCUUCGUACAGGUGCAAUUAAAUAUUAUAUAUAUAUAUAUAUAUAUAUAUAUAUAUAUAAAGAGAAUAAUCUGUGAGAUAUACUAGUAGAUGCCCGGGAAAAAAAUUUCAAAUAAAAGCCAAAUAUGGAUUUUAUUAAGAUCUGAUCAGAUCUUUCAUAUCUAAUCAGAUAUAACAUUAUAUAUGAUUCAGAUCUGAUUAUUACGCUUCCCAUAUAUGCUUAGAUAUAAUCAGAUACAAGAUUAACUGAAUCCAAUUAUCCAUACCUAGCUUUUAUCUAAACUUUUCUUU